AUGCGCUUCUCAUCAACUAUCGCCAAACCACUGCAAUUGAUCCUUAGAACCUUGCAGUGGUGCAGUGCUGUUAUUGUCUUAGGAUUAACUUCUUGGUUUAUCAACAAAGGACCUCGUGGACAACAUAUUAUCUACCAGGAAGUCAUCGCCGCCUUUUCAGUCGUCUGCUUCAUUCCAGCUUUCAUCUCGCCCUUCCGCCCUGCACUAAGCAAAUUCGUCAUCUUUGUCGAUAUCGUAUUCUCUUACCUAUGGUUAACCGCCUUCAUCUUUGCGGCACAGGACUAUAGCUGGCACUCGUGCUACUUCCAUUCCCCACCUGGUGUAGCAUGCUCACGCAAGAGAGGGAAUGAGACAUUUAUGUUCUUAAGUUUUAUAUUUACGUUCUUGGGGAUUUUCCUCGAGGGCGGUGCUCUUUGGGCUUAUAAGAGAGGUCAGGCAGCUCACCCUGUUGUUGAAAAACAGAAUGUGAGGGCACCCCUUGAUGCUCCUGCCGAAGUUCCCGCUCCGGUUUGA